AAGAUGCCUCACUGAUUCAUGUUUUGAACACCUGCUCCCAGGUGGUGGUGUUAUGUUGCACCAAUCAUGGAGAGCCACAUGGGUGGGAAACUGCAAUAUAAAGAUGGCCCACAGCAGGCUGUGUUCCCACACUGGGCAGAGGAAGAAGAAGAUACCGUGUUCUUUCUCCAAGUUUGCAGGUCACAGAAUAACCUGUGCGCCUCACUUUAUGGAAAGGAUGAGGAGCUGUGACCUCCUCUGUCUAGCUGUGAUCUCCUGUCUUCUGAGCCUGGUAUCUGCAUCGACAGUGCGGCAAGGUUACAGGAACCCUAGAGAAGCCAGUUUCUAUGGGCUAGAUUUGGUAUGCGGAGCCCCUGGAACCCUAGAAGCCGAUAUUUGUUUUGACCCCUGCCAGAAUUACACCCUCAUUGAUGAUCCCUCCCGAAGCACAGAGAACACAGCAGAAGGGCAAGAGUGUGACAGUAACCUGCAUGGCUGGUAUCGCUUCGAGGGAGAAGGGGGAAUAAGGAUGCCGGAGUCCUGUGUGCCAGUGUACCGGUGCCAUACCUUUGCUCCCAUGUGGCUGCAGGGGUCUCACCCCGUCCUCGGAGAUGGCAUCGUCAACCGCACAGGCUGUGCUCACUGGAGUGGAAAUUGCUGCUUCUGGAAGUCUGAGGUCCUGGUAAAGGCCUGUCCUGGUGGAUAUCAUGUGUACCAGCUGGAUGGCACUCCAGAGUGCAGUCUGAGAUACUGCACAGACCCUUCCACAGCUGUGCCCAAUUGUGAGGAACCCUGUCGCCCAGAAGAGGAGUGUCUGGAUCAGAAUGGUAUCUGGAGCUGUGUCUGCCGUCAGGACCUCAGCAGCUCUGAUAUUCAGAGCUUGCAGCCUCAGCUGGACUGUGGGGCCAAUGAGAUCAACGUGAAGCUGGACAAAUGCUUGCUGGGAGGCCUGGGUUUUGGAGAGGAAGUUGUUGCCUACCUGAGGGACAGGAACUGCAGCAGUAUUAUGCAAAAUGAAGAUAACAACUGGAUAUCUGUGACUAGCCCUGCUGUGGCUAGUGCCUGUGGGAACAUUCUGGAGAGAAAUGGAACCCAUGCCAUCUACAAAAAUACCAUCUCCUUGGCCAGUGAUUUAAUCAUCAGAGACUUCAUUGUCAAUGUCAACUUCCAAUGUGCCUACCCACUGGACAUGAAGAUAAGCCUCCAAACUGCACUUCAGCCUAUUGUAAGUUCCAUGAAUGUCAGUGUGGAUGGGGAAGGAGAGUUCAUCGUCAGGAUGGCCCUUUUCCAAGACCAGAGCUACAUGCAUCCUUAUGAAGGGUCCCAAGUGGUACUACAGGUGGAAUCCAUGCUGUAUGUAGGUGUAAUCUUGGAGAGAGGAGAUACCUCUAGGUUUAACCUGCUGCUGAGGAACUGCUAUGCCACCCCCACAGAAGACAAGGCUGACCCUGUGAAGUACUUCAUCAUCAGAAACAGCUGCCCAAAUCAACAUGAUUCCACUGUCAUUGUGGAGGAGAAUGGGAUGUCCUCAGAAAGCCGGUUCUCAGUCCAGAUGUUCAUGUUUGCUGGAAAUUAUGACCUUGUUUUUCUGCAUUGUGAGGUUCAUCUAUGUGAUUCUGUUAAUGAACAGUGCCAUCCAUCUUGCUCAAGAAGUCAGCUCCGCAGUGAAGUAUCAGCCAUUGAACUAGCCAAGGUUCUAGACCUAGGACCCAUCACUCGGAGAAGUAUUCAGGCUAUUGGUGUCAUGAAUGAAGCGCCCGGCACCACAGGGUUCCUGGUGGCUUGGCCUUUGCUCCUCAUGCCUGCCCUCCUGGUUUGGCUGUUUUGAGUGGCCAGCUGGGCAUCUAGCCUUGAAACCAAUGUUCUUCCCUCUGGCAAUGUCUAUGACCCACCAUUCAAUACACCUGAAUCUCUUUGUGCACCAUGUUCUAGUCCUGGUCCAGGCUGGGCUAAGUUUUGGGGAAGGGAAGAGGCACUCACACCCUUCAACAGUCUCAUGACUUUGGCAGGGGUCUGCCAGCUUCACCUAGGUUGGGUUUCUCGUGUUUUUCAUUGAUUAGUGAAAUUUGUAAGGCAAACUCACUAGUGGCACCAGCCAUUAGCAAAAGUGUAGCUUGUGUUGAUAACUCCUGGAAAGCGAUGUCCUGCCUUCUGGGAUGGGAAAGGUCAUCUGUAAUUUUUCCCAAACGUUAUCCUGAUCACGGAUAAAUUGAACACAUUGACCCUUGCAUUCUUUCUGCAUCCUCUGAUGUGUUUGGUCCUGGUCUCAACAGU